AUGCCAUUGACAAUCCAUCACCUGGGCCGCUCCCAAUCCGAGCGCAUCGUCUGGCUCGCCGAAGAGCUUGGCGUCAAAUAUGACUUUGUCUUUCACAAGCGCGACCCCAUCUUCUCCCCGCAAUCAAUCAAAGACCUGCAUCCCGCCGGCACCGCCCCAGUAAUCGAAGAUAGCUCCUCCCCCUUCACAAAGAACAAGGUUGUGCUCGCUGAGUCCGGCGCCAUCAUCGACUACAUCAUCGCCGCCUACGGAGAAGGCUGCCUCGGACGCACCCCAAAGGACGGCGACGAGUACGUCCACUUCCUGGAAUGGUACCACUGGGCCAAUGCAUCACUUCAGCCCGCCCUUUUCCGUGUCCUCAUGACGCGCCGUUUGAGCAAUGACCCUGAGGCCGUUCACGUAAAGGUUGGCGCUGCCAAGCUGGAGCGUGCGCUUGAGAUGGUUGAGGCGCGGCUCGGUGAAACCGGAUCUUAUCUCGCCGGGAAUGACGUCACCGCGGCGGAUAUCAUGGCUGUGUGCACUUUGACAACUAUGAGAGGGUUCUGUCCUAUCGAGUUCGAUAUCCAGAAGCAUAAGAAUAUUCUCGCAUAUCUGAAGCGAGUUGGUGAUCGUCCUGCUUAUCAGAAGGCUAUGAAAAUCUGUGAGGGUGAGGAGUUUGUGCCUAUUCUGGGCCCGAAGGCGCAGCCGUUUAACUUUCCCUACUAA